AUGUCUAGUGAGAUGUACGAAGGGAUUGACAACCUGAAAUCCCUUUACGACCGUGCCGGAAAGAUUUUCUCUAGCGGUCCUUCUGCGGCACAGGAUGUGCCUCGUCGUACUGCUCGACCAGACCCACCGCGCCACCGGACGAGAUUACUCGUCCGACGUCCGUUCACGUCGCGGUGGUUCAACAGCUGCUCAACCAAUAGCGCUGGCCACCGCGAGAGUCCUCUAAUGGAGGUGGAGGAGGAGGGAAAGCGCUCUCCACACAAUCGUGGGGAAGCGUGUGUUCCCGAGAGCUUCUAUGAUCGCGUAACGCAAGGGUUACGCAACGAUCUCGAAGAUGAGCGGGACAGGCGUCUCCAAAUGGCGGACACUGUCUCGAAGCAUCGAGCUGAGUUUGCCUUUGCUCAGCUUGAGAACGAGAGAGCUCUGACGUCUCUGCGUGACGAGCUAAGGGUAGUUCGUGGGGAUGUUGAGCGGUCUCGGGCUGAGAUAACUGCUCUUCAGACCCUUGUCGAUUCCCACCAUCGGGAGCACAAGGCUAUCUGCGAGAUGCUUGAGCGCAAGGGCGUUAUUCAUCGGAAGAAGCAGCGUACUGAUGGUACGGCUUAA